AUGGCGGAGCUCAUGGGCCAAACCGCGAGCAACGCCGAGAUGGAGGACAUCGACGCGGACGGCGAGUACGAAAUGGACGAUGUCGAGUACGAACACGCCCUUCCUGCUGAAGUCGCGCCAGAUGCCGACGGUCAUACCACCGACGCUGAGGGUUCCGACGUGGACGCCGAGGGUGAAGAGGUCGACGACGAGGACGAAGCCGAGCCGGUUGGCGCUGUCAAGAUAGCGCUACGUAGGGUUGCUACCUCAGACGAGGAAGAGGACUACGAGGGCGACGAUGCAGCUAGGGAAUCUUCGGAUGCCAAGUCCAGCGACGGUGAGGUGUCGAGCAGCGCUGAUUCUGAAGAAGAAAACCAGUGGCAGGCGAGCGUAGACGGCGAGGAGGACGAGGUUAUCAAGUCGUCCAACCCCAAUGUAUGCGUAUACUGCAGACAGGACGAGGAUAAUGAUCCAAGCCCGGAAUUCGAAGAGUAUCUCUCAUGUGCGGUAUGUGGGGACAAUGAUGCCAAGCGCUGGCGCUGCACAGAGUGUGUCAACAACUUUCCAACUGAAGACGAGGAGGAAGAAGAGCCCUCUGCUCGUCGGAGGCGUUCGUCUCAGAACAAACUGACCAAAGAGUUGCUCCCUUCACAUCGUGGAGUUGACCCAGAAGGACAUUCAAUCUUCAAGGAGCUCAUCCUUCCCGAUGAAGCAGAAGAUGGCGUACGUUCGUUGCGCAAACGUAAGACUUCGCAUGAAACAGAAACACCGAUGCCGUCAAGGCAAACACGGAAAAAGCGGAGACCUUCUGAAGCAACCAACUCGGGUGCAGAACCAUCAAUACCUGCAGUCUCUCCUAGACCCCCUUCUAGAAGUGUGCGUAGUGUUCGUAGCGUCAUGGACGGUCAUGAAAGUGGUGCCGAGGCUGAACACACUGGAUCAGACCGCGAAGGCACUCGUCUACGGCCAGCGCGAGCACGUCGUGGACAGCCUAAGAGAACUGACAAACGACCACUGGCCUGGAUAGAAGAGGCUCAGGGUCAAAGUUUGAUCAUUGCAUUCCAUCUUAAUAACGAGAAAGUUCAGAAGAUUGUCACAUCAAAGCCUAAGAAGAAGAUUGUCCUGCCUACCAGAGAACAGGAACGACAAGAGCGACGACGUCAAAGAGAUCGGGAACGUCGCGAGAGGAAUCGCCGCGCUGCACAAGAAGCACGAGGCUCACCAGACAUUCCACAUUACCCGACAAUACAUGUCCAGCACCCUACGCCUUUCGCCGGGUUUACCGACAGAGAGCCAGAUGAGACCAAGGUUAAGCCCUAUGGCGGUGUGCUCUCCGAGGCUGAUGCCGAUACCUCCAAGACUUACCCCUCACAAGCAGACAGGAAGCGAUUUGACGAUGCCAGGAUCAAGGCUGAAGAGGAAUGGAGAGAGAAGCAGGCUGCACUGUAUCCGCCAGAGGCAGGGCGGUCACACAAGCAAGCAGCUACCGCUAGCAAAAUCAAAUGCGUCAACUUUGGAGGCUGGGAGAUCGAUACCUGGCAUGCUGCACCAUAUCCAGAGGAGUACAGCAAGAAUCGGGUGCUCUACAUUUGCGAGUUCUGUCUUAAGUACAUGAACUCGGACUACGUUGCAUGGAGGCACAAGCUCAAGUGCCCGGCAAAACAUCCCCCAGGCGACGAGAUCUACCGUGAUGGCCGAUAUUCCUUCUUUGAGGUUGAUGGAAGGAAGAAUCCCGUCUACUGCCAGAAUCUCUGCCUUCUUGCCAAACUCUUCCUCGGCUCCAAAACGCUAUACUACGAUGUCGAGCCCUUUUUGUUCUACGUUAUGACCGAGAACGAUAACUUUGGCUGUCAUUUUGUCGGCUACUUCUCCAAGGAAAAGCGGCCGAGCUCGCUUAACAACGUCUCCUGCAUUCUGGUUUUGCCCAUACACAUGCGCAAGGGCUACGGACAGUACCUGAUUGAGUUUUCUUACCUCCUUACCCGUGUCGAGCGUAAGACCGGCAGUCCCGAAAAACCACUCAGUGACAUGGGUCUUGUGAGUUAUCGCAAGUACUGGCGGUUGGUCUUGUGUGAGGAGUUGCUGCAACAAAAGGCGGCGAUCAGUAUCUCGGCCAUAUCAGAUCGCACAGGUAUGACGCCAGACGACAUCGUAUCUGCGUUGGAAGGUCUGCGGGCUCUUGUACGCGAUCCCGUCACAAAGAAGUACGCGCUACGGCUCGACCUUGACUACUUCAAGUCGUACAUUGAAAAGUGCAACGCUGCCGGCAAUCCGAAGAUUAACCCCGAAUGCCUCAUCUGGACUCCCUAUGUCAUGGGUCGACUUGGGCAGUAUGAAGACGGUCCCGCCUUGCAGACAGUGCAACAGCGCGAUGAGGUCGAGGAGGAAGAGAAACCUGUGCCCGAAGAAGGCGUGCAGAUGGGCAAGGCAAAAGCAAACGGCACCGGUGAUGAAGCCGAUCCCUUUGGGCCCAUACCAACAGCCGAAGAGUCUGUCAACGGCGGCUCACCCGCACCCGGUACCCCAGUCCCCAACGGCUCUACCGUAGCGCUCGCUGGAUCACACAUGGAUGAGCCCGCCAUUCCCCCCUCCCGCUACGAGAUCUUUCCCCCUGUUCCUGGCCAGCCCGCGCAAAGAAGACGACCCGGCCGCCCCUUUGGCUCUCGCCGCCGAACCAGCACCCCAAACCGCGUCCGCAACACUGCACUCUCCAUCCACACCGCCCCCGUCUCCAAGAUUCAGCUCUCUCCCAGCCGUGGCGCAAAGAACCUCAUGUCGCACUCUGCACCAAACGGUGCCCUCACACCCGGCACCAUCUCACUCCGCCGCACGCGCAGCCGACUCGGUGAAAGCGUCACGAAUGGCGAUGAUGUCGAGGACGGCGGCGCGGUCAAGGCCGUGCUUACGAAUGGUAGACGUAGCACUCGUAGCUCGGCUAGCUCGCGCGGUAGCAUCGAUCUCAAGGGUAAAGGCAAAGCGCUGCCGAUUGAAGAGGAACACGAUGAAGAUGUUGACGCCGAUGCGGAUGGGGACUACGAUGAGGAAGAGGGAGAUAUGGAUAUUGAUGCUGAGGGUGAGGAGGACGAUGAUGUUAUCAUGGCUGAUGCUUGA